UAACUGGGCGUGGUGGCGUUGAAGUGGGGCGUCGACCCGGCGGGUGUGCGGUUGGUUGGCUGCCUGGGCUCUGAGGCGAUUUGUGAAACAAGGAUUUUAAGUAAAAGCAAGCUAAGCCUUCGCUUGAUUGCUCGCAAUUAAGGAGCAUUGUCGGCAUAAGAGUCAGAGUGGUUACCGGCUUUGCGCCUGAUAUCAGCGUCGAGGCCGACGAAGGUGUCAUUGGAUUGGAAUAAGCUCACGAGCGUGACGCAUCGCCACCAUGGAGCAGCAGCAGACGCCGCUGCUGGUGCCGAAGGAGGUGAAGAUCCUGGAGACGGCCGAGGACAUCCAGGAGCGGCGUGAGCAGGUGCUCAGCCGCUAUGCCCAGUUCAAGGCGGACGCGCUGGCCAAGCGCCAGAAGCUGGACGACAGCAGGCGCUUCCAGUACUUCAAGCGCGACGCCGACGAGCUGGAGGCCUGGAUCCACGAGAAGCUGCAGGCCGCCUCCGACGAGAACUACAAGGACCCCACCAACCUCCAGGCCAAGAUCCAGAAACACCAGGCGUUCGAGGCGGAGGUGGCGGCGCACACCAACGCCAUUGUCACACUGGACAACACGGGCACCGAGAUGAUCAACCAGGGCCACUUCGCGUCCGAGACCAUCCGCCAGAGGCUGGACGAGCUGCACCGCCUGUGGGAGCUGCUGCUCUCCAAGCUGGCCGACAAGGGCAUGAAGCUGCAGCAGGCGCUGGUGCUCGUCCAGUUCAUGCGCCAGUACGACGAGGUCAUGUUCUGGAUUCACGACAAGGAGGCGUUCGUCACGUCCGACGACUUCGGCACGGACCUGGAGCACGUGGAGGUGCUGCAGCGCAAGUUUGACGAGUUCCAGAAGGACCUGACGUCCCAGGAGUACCGGGUCACUGAGGUCACCCAGCUGGCUGACAAACUGAUCGCGGACCAGCACCCCGACCACGAGACGAUCCAGACACGCCGCGAGGAGAUGAUCGAGUCGUGGGCCCGCCUCAAGUCGCUGGCGCUGCAGCGUCAGGAGAAGCUGUUCGGCGCGCACGAGAUCCAGCGCUUCAACCGCGACGCCAACGAGGCCAUCUCGUGGAUCAACGAGAAGGACCUGAUCCUGAGCUCGGACGACACGGGCCGCGACCUGGCCAGUGUGCAGACCCUGCAGCGCAAGCACGAGGGCCUGGAGCGUGACCUGGCCGCCCUGGAGGACAAGGUCAUGGUGCUGGGCCAGGAGGCCACCCGACUCUGUGGUAUCCACGACCACCACCAGGACCAGAUCAAGGCCAAGAACGCCGAGAUCCUCGACAGCUGGAAGCUGCUGACCGGCAAGGCGCAGAGCCGUAAGCAGGCGCUGGACGAGUCGUACUUCCUUCACCGCUUCCUGGCCGACUUCCGCGACCUCGUCUCCUGGAUCAACGACAUGAAGGCGAUCGUGUCGGCGGACGACCUGGCCAAGGACGUGGCCGGCGCCGAGGCGCUGCUCGAGCGUCACCAGGAGCACAAGGGCGAGAUCGACGCGCGCGAGGACAGCUUCCGUAGCACCAUCGAGUCCGGCCAGAUGCUGCUCGACUCCAACCACGAGGCGGCCGGAGAGAUCCAGGAGAAGCUGAUGAUCCUCUCGGAGGAGAAGGUGCAGCUGCUGGAGUUGUGGGAGGAGCGGCGCGUGCUGUACGAACAGUGCAUGGACCUGCAGCUCUUCUACCGCGACACCGAGCAGGCCGACACCUGGAUGGCCAAGCAGGAGGCGUUCUUGUCCAACGACGACCUGGGCGACUCCCUCGACUCGGUCGAGGCGCUGAUCAAGAAGCACGAGGACUUCGAGAAGUCGCUGGCCGCCCAGGAGGAGAAGAUCAAGGCGCUCAACGAGUUCGCCACCAAGCUGAUCGAGGGACAGCACUACGCGGCCGACGACGUCGCGCAGCGGAGGGACGCGCUACUGGAGCGUCGUGCCCAGCUGAUGGACAAGUCGGCGCAGCGGCGGGCCCGGCUCGAGGCGUCGUACCGGCUGCAGGCGUUCGAGCGCGACUGCGACGAGACCAAGGGCUGGAUCAACGAGAAGCUCAAGUUCGCCAACGACGAGUCCUACUUGGACCCGACCAACCUGAACGGCAAGGUGCAGAAGCACCAGAACUUCGAGCAGGAGAUCAAGGCCAACACGUCCCGCAUCGAGGAGCUGACCACGGCCGGCGAGUCGCUGAUCGAGAGCCAGCACUUUGCCGCCGACCGGAUCUCCGAGCGUCUGACCGAGAUACAGCAGCUGUGGAAGAGUCUGGAGGAGGCGGCGCGCGCCAAGGGCGCCAAGCUGGCCGAGGCCAGCGAGCAGCAGCAGUUUAACCGCAGCCUGGAGGACAUGGACCUGUGGAUGUCGGAGCUGGAGGGGCAGCUGAUGAGCGAGGACUACGGCAAGGACCUGACGUCGGUGCUGAACCUGCAGAAGAAGCACGGCCUGCUCGAGAACGACGUCAACUCGCACGCCGACCGCGUGGAGGUGGCACGCAAGCAGGCGCAGCAGUUCACCGAGGCCAACCACUUCGACGCGCCUAAUAUCCAGGCCAAGACGGAGACCCUGGUGCAGAGGUACCAGCAGCUGCAGCAGCCCACCCAGCUGCGCAAGCACCGGCUGAUGGAGAGCCUGCGCGUGCAGCAGCUGUUCCGCGACAUGGAGGACGAGGCCGCCUGGAUCCGCGAGAAGGAGCCCGUGGCGGCUAGCACCAACCGCGGCCGCGACCUGAUCGGCGUGCAGAACCUCACCAAGAAGCACCAGGCGGUGGUGGCCGAGAUCAACAACCACGAGCCGCGCAUCGCGGCCGUGCUGCGCGACGCCGACGACCUGCUGACCGAGGGCCACUUCGCCAGCGACGAGGUGCGCGCGCGCGCCGCCCAGCUGACCGACCAGUGGGACCAGCUGAAGGAGAAAGCCGCGCAGCGCCGCCAGGACCUGGACGCCUCUCUCGCCGCGCACCAGUAUCUGGCGGACGCCAACGAGGCCGAGGCUUGGAUGAAGGAGAAGGAGCCGAUUGCCGGCGGCCAGGACUAUGGCAAGGACGAGGACUCGUCUGAGGCGCUGCUCAAGAAGCACGAGGCCAUGAUCACUGACCUGGAGGCGUUCCAGGCCACCAUCGAGUCACUGCGCCAGCAGGCCAACCAGUGCAGCCAACACGAGACGCCCGUGGCCGACAUCACGGGCAAGGAGUUCGUGCAGGCGCUGUACGACUACACAGAAAAGUCACCGCGUGAGGUCUCCAUGCGCAAGAACGACGUACUGACGCUGCUGAACUCCAACAACAAGGACUGGUGGAAGGUGGAGGUGAACGACCGGCAGGGUUUCGUGCCGGCGGCCUACGUCAAGAAGAUCGACUCGGCACUGACCGCCUCCCAGCAGAACCUGGCCGACGCCAGCUCUAUCGCCAACCGGCAGAACCAGAUCGAGAACCAGUACCAGAACCUGCUGGCGUUGGCCAACGAGCGCAAGAACAAGCUGAAGGAGACGGUGAAGGCGUACGUGCUCGUGCGCGAGGCCGCCGAGCUGUCGCAGUGGAUCCGCGACAAGGAGCAGCACGCCGACGUGGAGGACGUGGGUGACGACCUGGAGCAGGUGGAGGUGCUGCAGAAGAAGUUUGACGACUUCCAGGCCGACCUCAAGGCAAACGAGGUGCGGCUGGCCGAGAUGAACGAGAUCGCCGUCCAGCUGAUGACGCUGGGCCAGACGGAGGCGGCGCUGCGCAUCCAGACGCAGAUCCAGGACUUGAACCAGAAGUGGACCAAGCUGCAGGAGGUGACGCAGGAGCGCGCCAACCAGCUGGGCUCGGCGCACGAGGUGCAGCGCUUCCACCGCGACGUGGACGAGACGGUGGACUGGAUCCAGGAGAAGGACGGCGCGCUCAACAACGACGACUGCGGCAAGGACCUGCGCUCGGUGCAGACGCUGCAGCGCAAGCACGAGGGCCUGGAGCGGGACCUGGCCGCGCUCGGCGACAAGAUCCGCCAGCUGGACGACGCCGCCAACCGGCUGAUCCAGACACACCCGGAUCAGAGCGACGCCAUCUACCAGAAGCAGCGCGAGAUCAACCAGCAAUGGACGCAGCUCACCAGCAAGGCCAACACGCGCAAAGAGAAGCUGCUCGACAGCUAUGACCUGCACCGCUUCCUGUCCGACUACCGCGACCUGAUGUCGUGGGUGAACACGAGCCGCGGCCUGGUGUCGGCCGACGAGCUGGCGCAGGACGUGACCGGCGCCGAGGCGCUGCUCGAGCGGCACCAGGAGCACCGGACCGAGAUCGACGCGCGCGCCGGCACCUUCCAGGCGCUGGAGCUGUUCGGCCAGCAGCUCCUGCAGUCGGGACACUACGCCAGCCCCGAGAUCCAGCAGCGGCUCGAGGAGAUGAACCAGGCGCGCCAGGACCUGGAAAAGGCCUGGAUCGAGCGGCGCAUGAAGCUGGACCAGUGUCUGGAGCUGCAGCUGUUCUACCGCGACUGCGAGCUGGCCGAGAACUGGAUGCAGGCGCGCGAGGACUUCCUGGCCUCGGACGAGGUGGACGCCGCCAAGGGCGACAACGUCGAGGCGCUCAUCAAGAAGCACGAGGACUUCGACAAGGCCAUCUCGGCGCAGCAGGAGAAGAUUUCGGCGCUGACCACGUUCGCUGACCAGCUGAUCGCGGCCGACCACUACGCCGGCGACGACAUCGACGGCAAGCGGCAGGAGGUGCUGGAGCGCUGGCGCAGCCUCAAGGACGCGCUCAUUGACAAGCGUAGCAAGCUGGGCGAGUCGCAGACGCUGCAGCAGUUCUCGCGCGACGCCGACGAGAUGGAGAUGUGGAUCACCGAGAAGCUGCAGUCUGCCACCGAGGAGUCGUACAAGGACCCGUCCAACAUCCAGUCCAAGCACCAAAAGCACCAGGCCUUCGAGGCGGAGCUGGCGGCCAACGCCGACCGCAUCGGCACAGUGCUGACCGUCGGCCAGAACCUGAUCGACAAGAAGCAGUGCGCCAGCGGCGAGGAGGCCGUCCAGCAGAGGCUGGCCUCCAUCGCCGAGCAGUGGGAGUUCCUCACACAGAAGUCCUCCGAGAAGAGCAUGAAGCUCAAGGAGGCCAACAAGCAGCGCACAUACGUGGCGGCUGUCAAGGACCUCGACUUCUGGCUGGGAGAGGUGGAGUCGCUGAUGACGGCCGAGGAUGCCGGCAAGGACCUGGCCUCCGUGCAGGACCUGAUGAAGAAGCAUGACCUGGUGGAGAACGACAUCGCCGCCCACGAGGACCGCGUCAACGACAUGAACCAGCAGGCGGACAGUCUGGUCGAGAGCGGCCAGUUCGACACGGCCGACAUCCAGGAGAAGCGCGAGUCGGUCAACGAGCGCUUCACGCGCGUCAAGAACCUGGCGCAGCACCGGCGCGCCCGGCUGGCCGAGGCGCUGACUCUGCACCAGUUCUUCCGCGACAUCGCCGACGAGGAGAGCUGGAUCAAGGAGAAGAAGCUGCUGGUGGCCUCCGACGACCACGGCCGCGACCUGACCGGCGUGCAGAACCUCAAGAAGAAGCAGAAGCGCAUGGAGACGGAGGUGGCGUCGCACGAGCCGGCCCUGCAGCGCGUGCAGGAGUCGGGCCAGAAGCUGAUGGAGGUCAGCACGGCGUCGGAGAUCCCGCAGAUCGAGAACCGUAUCCGCCAGCUGGACCAGGCGUGGUCGGAGCUGCGCCACACGUCCUCCGGCCGCACGCAGAAGCUCGACCAGAGCCUCGUCUACCAGACGUUCCUGGCCAAGCUGGAGGAGGAGGAGGCUUGGAUCAGCGAGAAGCAGCAGCUGCUGGGCGUCGACGACUACGGCGACAACAUGGCGGCCGUGCAGGGCCUGCUGAAGAAGCACGACACGUUCGAGACGGACCUGUCCGUGCACACGGACCGGCUGCGGGACGUGCUGCAGCAGGGCGAGCAGCUGUGUGCCGACGGCAACCACCACGCCGACCAGAUCCGCGCCAGGUCCGAGCAGCUCGAGUCCAAGCUGGAGAACCUGUCGCAGCUGGCGCGCCGUCGCAAGGAGAAGCUGCAGGACAACUCGGCCUAUCUGCAGUUCAUGUGGAAGGCCGAUGUGGUCGAGAGCUGGAUCGCCGACAAGGAGGCGCACGUCAAGUCGGAGGACUUCGGCCGCGACCUCAGCACCGUGCAGACCCUGCUGACCAAGCAGGAGACCUUCGACGCCGGUCUGCACGCGUUCGAGCUGGAGGGCAUCCAGAACUUCACGUCGCUGAAGGACCGACUGGUGACGGCCGGCCAUGAGCAGUCUCCGGCCAUCCAGCGCCGGCACGCCGACGUCAUGGCGCGCUGGCAGCAGCUGCUGGCCCACUCGCAGGAGCGCAAGCAGCGCCUGCUCGGCAUGCAGGAUCAGUUCAAGCAGAUCGAGGAGCUGUACCUGCUCUUUGCCAAGAAGGCGUCCGCCUUCAACUCGUGGUUCGAGAACGCCGAGGAGGACCUGACCGACCCGGUCCGGUGCAACUCGACGGAGGAAAUCCGCGCGCUGCGGCUGGCCCACUCACAGUUCCAGGAGUCGCUGGUGUCUGCCCAGGCCGACUUUGACGGGCUGGCGGCGCUCGACCAGCGCAUCAAGUCCUACAACGUCGGCCCCAACCCCUACACCUGGUUCACCAUGGAGGCGCUGGAGGACACGUGGAAGAACCUGCAGAAGAUCAUCCAGGAGCGUGACAUGGAGCUGACCAAGGAGGCGCAGCGCCAGGACGAGAACGACAAGCUGCGCAAGGAGUUCGCCAAGCACGCCAACGCCUUCCACUUCUGGCUGACCGAGACUAGGUCGUCAAUGAUGGAGGGCUCUGGCACCCUCGAGCAGCAGUUGGAGGCCGUGAAGAAGAAGGCGGCCGAGGUGCGCGCUCGCCGCAGCGACCUCAAGAAGAUCGAGGACCUGGGAGCUAUCCUGGAGGAGCACCUCAUCUUGGACAACCGCUACACCGAGCACAGCACGGUGGGCCUGGCCCAGCAGUGGGACCAGCUGGACCAGCUGGGCAUGCGGAUGCAGCACAACCUGGAGCAGCAGAUCCAGGCCCGCAACCAGUCGGGCGUUGCUGAGGACUCGCUGAAGGAGUUCUCCAUGAUGUUCAAGCAUUUCGACAAGGAGAAGGCAGGCCGACUGAACCACAAGGAGUUCAAGUCGUGCCUGCGUGCGCUCGGUUACGAUCUGCCGAUGGUGGAGGAGGGCCAGCCCGACCCCGAGUUCAACGAGAUCCUGGACGUGGUUGACCCCAACCGGGACGGCUUCAUUAGCCUGCAGGAGUACAUGGCCUUCAUGAUCAGCAAGGAGACGGAGAAUGUGCAGUCUUCGGAGGAGAUCGAGCACGCCUUCCGCGCCAUCACCAACGGCGAGCGGCCCUACGUGCUCAAGGAGGAGCUCUACACCAACCUCAGCAAGGAGAUGGCAGACUACUGCGCCGACCGAAUGAAGCCAUACACGGACCCCAACACCGAGAGACAGAUCCCCAACGCAUUCGACUACGUCGACUUCACGCGUUCGCUGUUCCAGAACUAGGCCGCGCCGGCCGGUGGCCUCGCUUUGUCUUAUCUCUCGCGAUCGUAGCAGCUGUCUGGCCGUGCCGUGCGUCGGCUGACAGACCCAGUCACUAUUUAUCUUGUGUUGUAGUGCGCAGCUUUUUGCUCGGAGCGGGCGAGCGGCGGACGGCGGCGCGCGCGGACGGCUGGUGGUGCGUACGCGCCCAGGCCGUCCGCUACUCCGACCGGGCGCAUAGUUAUCGGUGUUCACCUGGUGGCGCACACGGUGCCGGCUCCGGCU